GAAGGAUGAUACAUGAUAGGGUGGGUGUAUAGGGGAGACAAAAGAAUCAUAUUUGGAUAAAGCCGAAUCUUACUAUUUCUUUCCAAAGAGGAAUAAAUAUUAACAAUAUUAAACAAUUGGAUAAAAGUGGAAAAGAUCCUUUAAUCUUAUCCGCCACCUUAGCACUUUCCGUAUAAAUCAUCUCUAAGGUUUUUCAAACCUUCCAUUCCAUUUAUAGCUCUCACAAAAAAUAGAAAAAAGGGUAUGUAUGAAUGUAUGUGCUCGUAGCAGUCAUAAAGUGCUAAGUCAAAUAUAAAUUGUUUGCGUGUGGUGGUUCAUCAAAUACACAAAAGGGUAUCUAAAGAACACAACAUUGGAGAUUAUGGAGCUAGAACCAAAGAAAGGACCGGUUCAUGAUCAAUACGAUGAUCUUGUUGGUUCUUUUUCUUCUUCUUCUUCUUCAACAUCAUCUUCUGUUUCUGGAAUUUCAAGUGGGUCAUCAUUGGAAUCUGAUUCUUUUGAAGAAGUAACAUCCUCUGCCUCCUCUUCUUCAUCAUCAGCAGCUGAUGAUCAACUUGUAGUUGUAGCUGAUCCAUUGGGUGACAUGACUUCUCUCUUUCAACAACUUCCCAUCAAGAGGGGGCUAUCAAAAUUCUACCAGGGAAAGUCACAAUCUUUCACUUCACUGACAAAUGUGAGGAGCUUGGAGGACCUUGCAAAGCCAGAGAACCCUUACAACAAGAGGUUGAAGUCUUGCAAGAGCUAUGCAGGAGGGUUGGCAGAGAGCCAUUCAACAAGGGCUGUUUCUAAGAGGGGAAUGGUGCAUUCAACAAGUUCAAGAGGUUCAUGUUCUUCUUUUAGAAGGGGCAGUGCUACUACUAAUUUCAUGGGUAGUAGGCCACCAAUUCCUCCUCAUAGAUCUACCAGCACCAACACCAUCCCUAAUCAAACUGUGUUGUUUGCUUGAAAGGGAUUGUGUCAUGUUUCUUUUUUGUUGAACUAAGUUUUUGUUUUUUACUUUUUUGGGGGUAUCAUGUGAUGAUGUAGAUUAAGUAGUUUCAUUCGAGGAACACUCUGAGUGUUGGAGAUUGGGGGGAAAAGAGUAUUUGGGUUACACCUAAUCUGAUUUUUUCUUUCUUUUUUAAAUGGAAGUGCAAUUCACAUGUGCAAUUUUGAUCCAAUAUUUUAAUGCAAAUUGAUUUUAUUUUUCUGACAA